AUAUUUAGAGCUAGAUAUUGCAUCACAGUUAAGAUAUUUGUUUUGCUAGCUCACCCCAAAACUACAUUUAGCAUGUCUAACCUGAAGUUCAGUCCAGUACUUAUCCCUGUAAUGUGUUCUGGUUUGUAAACUUAAGUGGUCUGUAUAUACCAACAUAGCUUCCUGUUACACAGGUUGCAGAGGUUGUACAACACCUGUUGUGCAGGUUAAUACAUGUUACGUAGUGUUUGGACCAUUUAACAGAUUUUUUUUUUUAGAUGAAAGUCUUUCUGUGUUCUAGUUUGAUUCCUCAAAGAUAGCCAUGCUUAAAUGUCAUAGCAUUAAGAGCAUGAUGCUCUUAAUGAAAGUACAUCAUGAAUAAGCUCAAAUGGUUGUUUUCAAGGUCAAAUCUUAACAUUUAGUAAUUACUGGUUUUGGAUACAGGCUAGUGUUAUUUUAAAGUGGUUAUAAUUAUGGAAGUGUGUUUAUAAUCUAUUGUAGUAUCAGAAUCUCAUUAUUAUAGUAAUGCCAAGUGCAUUGGUUUCAAAUACAUUUUCUCUUUUUCAUGUUCUAACAACUGAUUGCUCCCUGUGCAGUCCAGGACAUGCUUAAGAAAAUGUACCUUUUGUUCUGCUUUGAUGGAGAGUGAGCACAAAGCAUUAGUCUGUCUGAUGAAAUAGGAUUGAACUGUUGCAUAAAUCCCCAAACAAUGGUAAAUUCCACCUCACUGGAAAAAUAAAUAAAUAAAUAAGCAUCUCAUUAGUUCUCUGCUGUCAUUUCCUGCCAGGUUAUCAGCUUUACAGCACUCCUUUGAUGUGUCAUAUAGCUUUUUUUAAAAUAGGAAGAAAUGAUCUUGGAACUUUGGAAGAAUGCUGGCAUUUUUCCUUUAACAAAUUAGAAGCUGAAGGAAGGCAAUUGGAAAAAAAAAAAAGAAAAAAAAAAAGUGUCUCGUCUCGCCUCCCCGCUCCAUCAAAACGCUGUCCUUUAGGCAAGAUCUUUCAGGGAUAUACAGUCUCCUGGCUGUCAUCAUUUAUACCAUAGAGAAGCAACUAUGAAAAGCUGGGACAAACAUUGUUUCACCAGUCUACAGACUACUAAAAAGUAAGCAUACUGUCAACCUUUAUAGCACCUUUCAAGUAUCUGAGUCCUGGCACAAGCACCAUGGAGGAUGAAGACAAUUUAAGUACCAGCAGUGCAGAAGUAAAGGAAAAUCGAAACAUUGGCAACCUGGAGGAUCAUCCAAUACCCUCUAAUGAGAGGGCAAGAGGGGGAACACCUAGCAGUAAGAGAAAAAGACCUUUAGAGGAUGGCAAUAAUGGCCAUUUCUGCAAACUCCAACUCAUCUGGAAGAAAGUCUCAUGGUCAGUGACACCAAAGAAUGCUCUGGUCCAGCUACAUGAACUUAAACCAGGUUUACAAUACAAAAUGGUUUCCCAGACAGGUCCAGUACACGCUCCAGUCUUUGCUGUUGCUGUGGAAGUAAAUGGACUUACGUUUGAAGGCACAGGGCCCACGAAAAAGAAAGCCAAAAUGCGUGCUGCGGAGCUAGCUCUGAAGUCAUUUGUUCAGUUCCCCAAUGCCUGCCAAGCUCACUUUGCCAUGGGGAACUGCAUCAACCCAUCCACGGACUUUACUUCUGAUCAGGCAGACUUCCCAGAUACUCUGUUCAAGGAGUUCGAACCAUCCACACACAGCGAGGACUUUUCAGUCUAUAACCCGGUUAAUAACGAAUUGCUUUCCACCGCUUAUCGCCAUGGGCGCUUACUCUGCCAUACGUUGGACCUAAUGGGCCACGGUAAGCAAAACAGGCACAAGAUGGCCUCCAAAGCGGAGAGCGAGAAGAACCCAGUGGUGCUGCUAAAUGAGCUGCGGUCAGGCCUGCGGUAUGUCUGCCUGUCAGAGACCGUGGAGAAGCAGCACAUCAAGAGCUUUGUGAUGGCGGUGCGAGUGGACGGGAGAACAUUUGAAGGCUCAGGACGUAGCAAGAAGCUGGCCAAGGGCCAAGCAGCGCAGGCCGCACUGCAGGCCCUCUUUAACAUUCGGCUGCCCAGCCACAUUCCCAGCAGGAGUAAAUGUCACCAUUUGCCACAGGACUUUGCAGACUCCGUGUACCAAAUGGUUACACAGAAGUUCCAGGAGCUGACAGACAAUUUCACUUCCAUGCAUGCACGCCACAAAACUCUUGCAGGAAUUGUGAUGACCAAAGGUUUGGACAUCAGGCAAGCUCAGGUUAUUGUGCUGUCAUCGGGUACCAAAUGUAUAAAUGGGGAAUACAUUAAUGACCAAGGGCUUGCGGUCAACGACUGCCAUGCAGAAAUUGUUGCAAGAAGGGCAUUUAUUCACUUCCUUUACUCACAGCUGGAGCUACACUUAAGCAAACGGCGAGAAGACUGGGAGCGAUCAAUCUUUGUGCGAUUAAAAGAGGGAGGCUACAGGCUGCAGGAGAACAUCCUGUUCCAUCUGUACGUGAGCACUUCGCCCUGCGGGGACGCACGCCUCAACUCCCCCUAUGAAAUCACGACCGACUUGAACAGCAGCAAGCACAUAGUGAGAAAAUACCGAGGGCACCUCCGAACAAAGAUUGAGUCUGGAGAAGGAACCAUACCCGUCCGGUGCCACAACGCGGCACAGACGUGGGACGGCGUGCUGCUGGGAGAGCAGCUCAUCACCAUGUCCUGCACAGACAAAAUCGCCAGAUGGAACAUCCUUGGGCUCCAAGGCGCGCUCCUCAGCUCCUUCAUCGAACCCAUGUAUUUGCACAGCAUCAUUGUGGGAAGCCUCUGUCACACUGGUCACCUUUCCCGGGUAAUGAGCCAUAGAACAGAAGACAUUGGUCAGCUGCCAGCUUCGUACCGGCGCAAUCAGCUGCUUCUCAGUGGGGUUAGUCAUGCUGAUGCUCGUCAGCCUGGAAAAUCUCCUGGCUUCAGCGUGAACUGGAUUGUGGGGAACACCGACCUGGAGGUUAUCAACGCCACAACGGGGAAGAGGAACUGCGGGAGCCCCUCACGGCUCUGCAAGCACAUGUUCUUCGCUCGAUGGGCAAAGCUUCAUGGCAAGCUGAGCACACGAACACCAAGCCAUGGAGACAUGCCAUCGGUGUACAGCGAGGCGAAGCUGGUGGCUCAGACGUACCAGUCUGUCAAGCAGCAGCUGUUUAAAGCGUUUCAGAAAGCCGGUCUGGGCACCUGGGUGAAGAAACCCCCAGAGCAAGAUCAGUUCCUACUAACUGUGUAAAUCACUCAAGACCUUUGCUAUGUGACCAGAUCAAAUCAGCUGGAGAGGAGGCUAGGCAGGAUGCGUGAGCUGAGAGAAUUGAAACAGUUUGGUAUUUAAUAGCAAACUCCAUGGGAAUAUUUUCUUUUGAUUCUGUAUUGGAAAUACGUAAAUAUAAAUGUGUCCAAUGCACUGAAGUCGACUUUAGAAAAGCGCUUUUUAAUUAGCCCUUCCAAAGAAUGUACCUGCCCAAAUAAUAAUGCCAAACCCACAAAGAUUCUGCUUUUCAUAGUUUAUCACUGUUGGUAUUAACAAUUUGCAGCAUUAGCAGGCCACCUGUCUGAUCCCAAAUAGAGUUUGUUUUCCCUCACACAAUCAGUGCAAGAGUUGUCACCGAAUAACAGAAAAUAGUACGCAGAGAUGGAAGUACCCCAGGCACACAGCAGGUCUCUGAGCAUCCAUAAUCAUCCACAACAAAAUAAAAAAGGUGUCUAACCUCUAUGCAAAAAUCAUCCAGCUCGCUGCCUAAAUCUGUGAGAAAGAAUUUGGGCCUUGAAGAUAUGCAGCAUUUUUAAACUGAUUCCCACUGCUGGCUCUGAGCACAAAGCCAGGCACCGGCUUUCCCUUGGUGUUUACACUUAUCCCCUCUGGCACUGUGGCCAAACUACUUCCCCCCAAAUCUUCAGUUCUGGCCAUGAGUUUUGCACACUGCAAACUUUAAUUAUCUGAGCCCAGUUCAUCCCGCAUGACCUUUAGGCACCGACAGGGAGCGGGGCCACCUGGGUGUCUCUCAGACUGCACCACAGAGGCAGAUGCUCUCCUCUGCACACCCCGGCACUGCCCAGCCAGGGCUGGGGGUGAGGACCACUCUGCUCCAAAUCAAUCAGGCUGGAGCCUCAGACCACAAAGAUCCCAAGGGUCCACCACUCUGAACUGAGUCGGUGUGAGCUCAGGAUGCUCCUUACAGCUGAAAAACCGCUGGGUUGGGUAGCCAAAACUGAGACAUCCCAAACUAGACAGCACGUUUGAUACUUGUCUCUUUCCUGCCUCAGUUUCUCCAUCUGAUAAAUGGGAAUAAUAAUACUUACCUGCUUCAUGUCUGAAGAACUUGGCAGGAGCAAAGUUUUCUGGUCAGAUGCAACAACAGUGUAAGGUGCAGUCACUCUUACUGUGAGUUUCACCUCUGCACAUAGUCCAGUUGAUGUAAGUGCAGCAGAUACAACUACGAGCUUGGGUAAGAUCUUACUCCAUGUAUGAGUUUCCAGAUUCUAGCUCUGUAUAAAUGCAAGUAUUAUUAUUAUUCAUAUUCAUCUGCAACCUGAAAAUCAGGUGUUUUUUUUUUACUUAGGAGAUGAGUAACACCUAACAGCUAAACAUCUCCUUCAUAACUGUGGCUGGAUUUAAUAUUAUCUCAGCUUCAAAACAUCCCAAACUUAAUGAGAAGGCAGAAGAUACUGUCAUGGGAGAACUGAGCUUUGAUAGUCCCACUGCAGAACCAACCUUCAAAUGCCCUGGAUAUUUCUUUUAAUGUUUUUUGGUUUGUUUUAUUUUUAAAUGACAAUUUGCGGGUAUAUAUCUACUUCUUUUCUUCUUAUUCCUGUGAUUCUCUUUAAAUCUGUAUAUAACAUGCUGCUACUGAUUUGUGAUAAUUGUCUUGGUAUUUUCUCAGAACUGUCAAGCUGAGUUACUUUUCAAACAACAUAAGGCUCAUAUUUUUCCAUGUAAUUUCCUUUACAGGGGAAACUGUUCCUAUCAAUAAAGAUAGAUGCUCUUUGUAUAGGGUUUAUCAUGUUUGGAGAGCCAUAUACAGUAAAUACAUUGUUUAUUGAUGCCCACAAUAGAAUAGCUACAGUAUUUUGAUGAGAUUUUAUUUUUAGAUUAUAAACUACAAGAUGUAUCUAUAGUGUCUUGUAUAAAAACAAUUGUGAUAAACUAGAAUUUUUAAAUUAGAUAAAAGAAAGCUCUCCCCUUCCAGAAACCUUUUCAACAAAAUAAUACAUUCCAUAUUAACUACCAAAAAUAUUAAAAAAAAAAAAAAACAGAUUAGAAAUAGUAAAAAAAAAAAAAAAAAAAGAAAAGAAAAGAAAAAAAGAGAGAGAGAGACAUGUCAGUAAUGGAAGCAUUUUGUAGUAACCACUUUGUCAAUACUUUGACCACUUUGCCAGGAAUUCUGAUUAGAACUCAGAAUAUUUCUAACAUCUCCUGAAGCUUCCCGCUACCUUCACAUGGUCCUUUCCUCCAACACAGCUAUCGAUCGCUGCUGCAGCCACCCAGCAAAGGCAUCAGGGGUGGUGGGAGGGUUUGUGGUCAGUCCAAGGACUGUGGGGGCAGGAGAUGCUGCUGGUGAUGCUGGCAGUGGUGGUCCCAGGGGCUUCAGCUGCUCCCACUGAGGGAGGGAGCCACCAGGAAACAAGACAGGAGGACCGGGGCUCUAGCAGAGACCCAUAGGACAUGGGGAAGCAUGUCUUCUACUUUUCCUCUUCAAGUUAGUCUUUACCUAGCACACAAGAGACCUCAAAGGCUCCUCCUUACAUCUCCCUGCCCUCCUCCAGCCCUGGCAUGACAUCAGCUCGCUAGGGUGACAACAAAAUGCCACGCCUGGUUAUUCUUAAGGACAAAAAGAGAAGUGCAGUGAGAUUGAAUUAUCCUUUGUUGCAAGAAAUACCUAAACCUAAUCUUGGCUUCAGCUGCCAGAACAAAUCUAGCGGUGGGGAUCGAACUGAGCCCCUGCUGCAGGCAGGCACCAGCCGAUCCCUUUCAAGGCAGAGGAGGUGCACCUGCUUGCACUAGGGUUGAAUGUGACCUUAGAUGUCUACUUCUCGUUACGUGCAGUGACAGAGUGUGGUGGGACCACCUCCCAGAAGCACGCAUGACCUACAAUGCAGCAUUUCCUGAAGCAAAGGAAAACGCGCUCAGUAGUAACUCUUUAGCGAAGAUUUCUGUACAUAAUACGCAUGAGUGAAUGGCAAUACUGUACUAAUGGAUGUACAUUUGUAAUAUUUGUAAAAAAGAAAAAGAAACAAAAAACACAACAAGAGAAAAUAAAUCUGAAUUUACAUAUGUGAAUUUGCUGCUAAGUUCUGUAAAUGCACUUCAGUGAUACCUGAUAAGUGAAUGUUUCUGUUAAGUGAAUAAAAUGCCAAGUAAAAUUGUU